AUGAUUUUCUCAAUGGAAAAUCUAUGGAAUAACACCGAUGAGUGGUAUUACGAUGAAUUUGGAAAUUUCAGUGGCACACCACCCACAGAAAUAUAUAGUCCUUGUAGGAUAGACACUGAGACACUCAACAAGUAUGCAGUGGUGGUCAUCUAUGCCCUGGUCUUCGUGCUGAGCCUGCUGGGAAACUCCCUAGUGAUACUGGUUGUCCUAUACAGUCGGCUCAGCCAGUCUGUCACCGACGUCUACCUGCUGAACUUGGCCAUAGCCGACCUGCUCUUCGCCCUGACCUUGCCUAUCUGGGCUGCCUCCAAGGCGAAAGGCUGGAUCUUUGGCACACCCCUGUGCAAGGUGGUCUCGCUCCUGAAGGAAGUCAACUUCUACAGUGGUAUCCUACUACUGGCCUGCAUCAGCAUGGACCGCUACCUGGCCAUCGUCCAUGCCACACGCACGCUGACCCAGAAGCGGCACUGGGUCAAGUUCAUAUGCUUAGGCAUCUGGGCGCUGUCCCUGAUCCUGUCCCUGCCCAUCUUCGUCUUCCGAAGGGCCAUCAAUCCCCCCUACUCCAGCCCGGUCUGCUACGAGGACAUGGGCGCCAAUACCACAAGACUACGGAUAGUGAUGCGGGCCCUGCCCCAGACCUUCGGCUUCCUCGUGCCCUUGGCGGUCAUGCUGUUCUGCUAUGGACUCACCCUGCGUACGCUGUUCCAGGCCCACAUGGGGCAGAAGCACCGGGCCAUGCGGGUCAUCUUUGCCGUCGUGCUCGUCUUCCUGCUCUGCUGGCUGCCCUACAACCUGGUCCUGGUCGCAGACACCCUCAUGAGGCUCCGGGUGAUCGAGGAGACGUGCGAGCGCCGCAACGACAUCGGCCGGGCCCUGGAUGCCACCGAGAUUCUGGGCUUCCUCCACAGCUGCCUCAAUCCCUUCAUCUACGCCUUCAUUGGCCAGAAGUUUCGCCACGGACUCCUCAAGAUCAUGGCCUUCCACGGGCUCAUCAGCAAGGAGUAUUUGUCCAAGGACGGCAGGCCUUCCUUUGUUGGCUCUUCUUCAGCAAACACUUCUACCACCUUCUGAGCCCCUGGGCCCUGCUGGAGCGCCUCAGAGCACCUCCCUCACCGUCACAUCCCAUCCCGAGCCUCAUGUCCACUGGUUGUUUCCAGUCUGUGUGUCAAGGCAGCUCCCGGUUGUGGUUACAGGAAACUACUGGGGCCACGUCCUUUUCAGGCCCAUUGGAGGGUUUAGAAAGCCUGCCCUCGUUCCCCACGCCUCCCUAUACUUACUAUGCCAGCUGCUAGAGCUCAGUCCAUCCUCGCACUGAGCCCACAGCACUCUGUUCUCUGGGGCAGUUAAAGACAUUCGAAAGGCAUCCUUU